UCACGGCUUCUUCGACUGAUUGCGCCGCGACGUCCGUAAUUGCCAAUCAAGGUAGAAACAAAUGUACAUGACGAUCUUUCACAAACACACAAAACUGGCCAUAGGCUAAGAAAUCCGCUUCCAUCAAAAUGGCUUCGGACGAUUCUUUCGGGACCAGAUACCCUGGCGACCCAUGGCCGGGCGUUGCGCCGUCGCAACAGGUCCAGAUCGAGGACCGCUUCUUUGUGGAAGGUGCCAGUAUUCACUUUUCAAGACUCAAGCCUCUCCAGUUCUGGGCACCUUUCAUGGGAGUUUCAGAAACAGCUCGAUCUGCGUUUGUCGUCAAACAUGUUGUCGCCGCUUCUACUACGGUCAAUCGGAAGCUUCAGCAAAGCGAAAUCGACUCAUUAAGCGAGAGGGCUGCCCAAAACGCCCGAUAUAUCAGCUUGAUUAGGCCUACAGGGCUAGCAUGCGCCGUUGCCGCCGCGGCGAAUGGCAGGAAAGAAUUCAGGUUUCCCUUCUACACUCCCAAGGCUUCUUGGUUCGAUCCCAUGUUGUUUCCUAGCAAGAGGCUUCAGUUCUUGCGCGGGACAAGUGCUGUAUGGAUGUGGCACGCAGUCAGAACAUUUGCAUAUUAUCCAGGCACUAUGAUUGCCACUGCCAUCAUAAUUGGUUCCAUUUCAGAGUCUACGCUCAGAGCCAACAUACUCAGGGACCCCAGACUGUCAGACUUACGGCAGGCCACCGAACGUGAAGGUCAAGCAGCCAUGGAGAAACAAAGGGCGUUGCAGCGCCGGAGACUUGGGCUUCCUGACCCUGCCGAUCGAACCCAGCAAUCAGACCAAGGGGGGGCGAUGCCUACGCCGACUCCCGAAAAUUAUCAGGGGCAGCCCCAGAGCAGGACGUACCCGCUGCUUCCCUCCGAGACUACUACCAGCGGAUGGCAAGACCAAGAUAACCAGGGUUCUUCAGAACCUGCUGCUCCUCAACCACAGUCAACGCCAGCUCCUUCAACAUCGAAAAGUUGGGGCAGUUGGGGUAGAAAGCCGUCACAGCAGCCAGCGCGGCCACAAGAGUCCAGUUACCAACAGGGGAGCAGCGAGCAGUCACCGUGGGAAGGCUCUGGUCUGUUUGAAGAUGACGACGCAUCACCUGUCGCACCAUCUGCCCGACGAACUGAGAAGGCACAACCAAGCGGCGGAUCCAGCUGGGACCGCGUGAGACAGGACGCCAAGUCUAAAGUAGAUGCGAGGAGGCAGGCAAGUUCUCCCGGAAAUCUCUGGGAGAGAGGGGAUCGCUCGGAUCAGGAUACCACAUGGGGUCGAUUGAGGCAAGACGCAGCACCUGAGGACCGGGAUACCAAGCUCGUGGGCUCGUCAGAGAAGGAGAAAUACUCGUACAACACGGAAGAAGAGGACAAGGCGUAUGCGAAAAGCCAGGCGCAAAAAGAGUUUGAUAAAAUGCUGGAAGCUGAGAGGCAGGGCCGACAAGCAGAAAGCGGGGGCUGGCGACGGUCCAAGUAACACUGGUCAAGCAUUCCCGAUACUUUUUACGUCCAUUGGACUGUUGAGCGUGUGUAUGUAGCCGACAGUGUACGAUAUUUAUAGGAAUUCAUCCAAAAGGGGUGCCAGUUUUCUAAAAAUUUCAUGUAUGCCAAUCCACACCCUGGUGGAAUCUGGUCGACAUCAUUGGUGCUAACGACCAUUUAUGGUUGGUAGAUCAAGACAACCG